CGGGCGGCUUCGGCGGCGGCCAUGUUGUGCGGCCCUGGGGGCGGCCGGGCCAGGUGCCGCGCCCGGCCAUGGCGGGCUCCGCUUCCUCCGCCGCCGCCGCCGCCGCCUCCUCCGCCGCUCCCUCUUCUCCCGCCUCCUCCUCGCCGCCCUCGUCCAGCAACUGGCUCUCCGGGGUGAACGUGGUGCUGGUCAUGGCCUACGGGAGCCUGGUCUUCGUCUUGCUCUUCAUCUUCGUCAAGAGGCAGAUCAUGCGCUUUGCCAUGAAGUCUCGCCGGGGCCCCCACGUGCCCGUGGGGCAGCACGCCCCCAAGGGACUCAAGGAAGAGAUUGACAUCCGACUGUCACGGGUUCAGGACAUCAGAUACGAGCCCCGGCUGUUGUCGUACGAUGACGCCCGGCUGUUAGAACUGGACUCAUCCAUCAGCCCAUUCCCUUACAGUUACGUGUAUCGGAUGAAAGCUUUGGAUGCUGUCAGGGAUUCAGAGAUCCCGUUCUCCGCGGAAGGCAGAUACCCCAAGUCGUUGAUCGGGAAAAACUUCCAGGGCUACCUCCUGGAGCUCCGCAACUCCAGCACCCCUUUGAAAGGGGUCCGCAAGGCUCUGAUUGACACACUCCUGGAUGGGUAUGAUAAUGCCCGCUACGGGACAGGGACUUUCGGCAAGGCAGAAUUUCUCAAGUAUCGGGAAGCGUUGUGUGAGCUGGCAACAAUCAUCAAAGCCCGAGGCGGGAGCAGCCAACGGCAGCACCAGUCGGCGGCCAAGGACCUCACCCUCUCGCCCGACCUUGCCAGCCCAACUAUCCAGGUCACCUACCCCCUCGAGCCAGAAAAGCAAGCGGGCCAAACAUUUUUUGGAGCUGAAAAGCUUCAAGGACAACUACAAUACGCUGGAGAGCACCCUGUAACCUCCCGUCUGGACUUGAGACGCGCGUGCCCAGGAUCGAGCCCCAGAAGGGGCAUGGCUCUCCCCACCUGGACCAAGCGAACCGGUUGCCUGUACGCAGGCUUGGCCAGCCCUUGUGGCUGGGGGCUGGCAUUUGGGGCCAUCCCCUGCCGUGAAAAGAUUGCAGGAUGGUGGGGGGAGCAGCCGACCUCCCGCCUCCCCAGCGGGCACGUGGGGGGGUUGUAAAUAAGCCUGUUUCUUUUGUUACCUCGUAUUUAUUUAUAAAGACUCGCUCUCGCAGCAUGCCGAACAAGCCAAGAACGGGCCAGCGAUCAAGUCCUCGAGAAUUUUUCCCCUCUCGGUGGACCUUUCUGCCUUUCCUCCCUGAAUUCUGCCCCGCUGACGUUUGCGGGAAGGUGGCACUGCCCCCUGGGGCAUGGUGGUGGUGGAUGUCCAGCUGCUCAAGCAAGAGGUGGUCUGUGUCACAGAGGACUUGUCCGGCAGGGCCUUUCCAUGUUCACAAGCAGGAAAUCGAACGUGGUCCCCGCCCAGGAAGAGCAAUUUUCACCCCCUGGCGCUUAACGGCAGGAGGCACUUAAGAGCACCCACCGAUGCAAAGCAGCACCGUGCCCAGGGCCCUUCGAAGGCGUGUCACCCAUUCCGACGUUCCCUCACAAGCUUGCUCAGGUGUCUCUGAGUUGGGCUGUUUGAAAUAAAACGAGCGGUUUUGCCCUCGCACACCCC